UGCCACAAUGCCUCGUGUCAAGAGACAAGUUAUCCUGGAGGACCCCGCCAGGCCGGUCACCCCCGAUAUGGUGCAGACUAAGCUGGAGUGGCCCUCGGUGAAGGAAGAGUACAUCGACGAGGGGUCCAUAGACGAGGUCCAGACGCAUAAGAUCGCCGAGGAGACGCCGAGUCCGCAUCUGCAGGACCACCAGUACGGGCAGACUCCUUGCCACCAGGUGUCGAGGAAGCCCACGCAGCCACCCCCGCGAGCCGAGAUCUCGGUGCAAGCGGUGAAGAGAAGACUGAACUUAGAGGUGGGAACGACGGGGCCCAGCCAGUCGGCUUUCAAGGCCCCCCGAGGUAAACGCAGAAGGUCGGGAUCGAACUCCCUGGCCGGACACACGCCCACCAAAAGCAAGACCGUCGAGAGGACGCGGUACGACACGUCCUUGAGUCUGCUCACCAAGAAGUUCAUCAACCUCGUGGAGAACAGUCGAGAUGGCGUCGUGGACCUGAACGUCGCCUCCGAGAAGCUCGAGGUCCAGAAACGCCGCAUCUACGACAUCACCAACGUCCUCGAGGGCAUCGGCAUCUUGGAGAAGAAAAGCAAGAACAACAUCCAGUGGAAGGGUGGCCAACUGCCCGGGGAGCAGAACGACAUCGCCGACCUCAGGAGAGAGGUGGCCGAUCUCGAGGCCAAGGAGAACACCCUGGACCGACUGAUCCACGGAGCGGAGAAGAAUCUCCGCGAGCUUUGUGCCGACCGGCAAUACGCCUACGUCACGUACCACGACCUACGAUCCGUCUCGGCCUAUCGGGAACAGGCCAUCAUGGCCGUCAAAGCGCCACCGGAAGCCACGCUACACGUCCCACAGCCCAUCAGCAAUUUCGGCCAGCCCAAGCUCCAGAUACACAUGCGGUCCUCGCACGGAGAGAUCGAGGUCUUCCUGUGCCCCGACGACCCCGGGGCGAGGACAGUCGCGAACGCCUCGUCCUUAUUCGCGCCGUCGAAGCCCCCCGAGAUGCCGAGUCUGCCUCCGGAGCUUCUGGUGAACCAGGCGAGCCAGGGCGACCAGGUACAGCGGGCCACGCAGGCGGACCAGGGCGACCAGAGUGGCCAGGGUCACCGGGUCGCUCGGAACCAAGUCAAGGUGGAGGCCGUACAGGCGGUGGAGGUCGACGCCGCGCACGCGCUGAAGGCCGAGCUCGACGAGUCGGAGGUCUCCGCCCUGACGGCCUCCUCUUCGGGCAUGAGGGACGCUCUGCUCUGCGAGUCCGACGACUUCGGCCCGAUGGGAGGUGGCCGGUUCCAGCUGCAGACCGAGGACCAAAACACCUCGCCAGACAUGAGUAUCCUCGACUUCGGGGAGCCCCUGCUCUCGUUGGAGCCUCCACUCUCCGAAAGCGACUACUCCUUCUCCCUGGGCACGGAAGAAGGACUCUCGGAUCUCUUCGACUUCCCCUUUUAGGAGCGUCGUCGCCUCCGAUCUCGUCCUCGUCCUUGGCGUCGUCGUCGCGAGGCUUGCGACGUCCUCGUCUCUUGAAUCGGCGCCCGAAGUCGCCGCCCUGCAACCAAGGAGUUGCACUUCGGACUUCGCUGGAACAUCGAUGUCAUUGCUCGAGAUGCAUGUCGCACUCUAGGGUUUCUUGGUUGCAUGUACGGACUAUUUUGUACCCGUGGAGAAACCGAAAGCGAGCGGUCUCCGAUUUUAAUUCGCGAGUCACCGGUAAGGACGAAGGAGUCGCGGUGAGAUCUUUAAGUGUCGGUUGUCCAGCGACGAGCAAAAUUGCUUUUGGUCUUACGGUUAGUGCAAGUUACGGCAGACAGUGCAAGGCCAUUCACAGGACUAUUCGCAACAAUGUAAUUCAUAGUCGUAACAAGGGAGCAGUGAUGAGAGAAAAUCGCUUUUGGUCUUACGGUUAGUACAAGUCACGGAAAACGGUGCAAGGGCACAUUUGCAGGACUACUCGCAACAAUGUAAUUCAUAGACAUAACAAGAGAGCAGCAACGAGCGAAAUUGCUUUUGAUCUUACGGUCGGUGCAAUUCACGGCAAACAGUGUACGGCCAGAUUUGCAGGACUACUCGCAACAAUGUAAUUCAUAGUCAUAACGAGGGAGCAGCGACGAGCAAAAUUGAUCUUGGUCUUACGAACAGUAGAACGCACAGCAGACAGUGCAAGACCACAUUUGCAGGGCCACCCGCAACAAUGUAAUUCAUAGUCAUAAGAAAGGAACAGCGACGAGCAAAAUUGGUCUUGGUCUUACGAACAGUAAAAGGCACAGCAGACAGUGCAAGACCAUAUUUGCAGGGCCACCCGCAACAAUGUAAUUCAUAGUCAUAACAAGGGAACAGCGACGAGCAAAAUUGCUCUUGGUCUUACGAUCAGUACAUGUCACGGUGAACAGUGCAAGGCUACAUUUGUAGGACCACUCGCAACAAUGUAAUUCAUAGUCAUAACAAAGAAAUAAUGACGAGCAAAAUUGGUCUUGGUCUUACGAACAGUAGAAGACACAGCAGACAGUGCAAGACCACAUUUGCAGGACCACUCGCAACAAUGUAAUUCAUAGUCAUAACAAAGAAAUAGUGACGAGCAAAAUUGGUCUUGGUCUUAGGAACAGUAGAAGACACAGCAGACAGUGCAAGACCACUUUUCCAAGACCACCCGCAACAAUGUAAUUCAUAAUCAUAACAAGAGAGCAGCGACGAGCGAAAUUGCUUUUGAUCUCUCGGUCGGUGCAAGUCACAGCAGACAGUGCAAGACCACUUUUGCAGGACCACCCGCAACAAUGUAAUUCAUAAUCAUAACGAGGGAGCAGCGACAAGCAAAAUUGCUCUCGGUCUUACGAUCAGUACAAGUCACAGCAGACAGUUCAAGACCAUAUUUGCAGGGCCACCCGCAACAAUGUAAUUCAUAGUCAUAACAAGGGAACAGCGACGAGCAAAAUUGCUCUUGGUCUUACGAUCAGUACAUGUCACGGUGAACAGUGCAAGGCUACAUUUGCAGGACCACUCGUAACAAUGUAAUUCAUAGUCAUAACAAAGGAGUCUACUUACUUCAGCAAUUGUGAAUACUUAAACAUUGGCCGACAACGUUUCCUUGCAGAAAUGUUCUCGCUGUAUGGACAAUAAACCGAGGUAACAGAAGGUGCAUUCGUGAUCGCAGUAUUCUUAACCCUUUUAAUACCGGCCGAAGUCGUUAGCACUUGUAAAACGACGAUAUAUCGUUGCUCGGCACUAAAAGGGUUAACUUGCGACAACAAUGUGUGUAUCGCUUGUUCCAUCGAGAAGUCCCAAGUCGGUUGUCCAACGACGAGCAAAAUUGCUUUUGGCCUUACAGUCAGUAAAUACAAGUGACGAUAAACAGUGCAAGGCCACAUUUGCAGGACCACUCGCAACAAUGUAAUUCAUGGUCAUAACAAGGGAGUCUACUUGCUUCAGCAAAUCUGAACACUUGAAAAUGACAACAUUUCCAUGCAGAAAUGUUCUCGCUGUAUGGACAAUAAACCGAGGAAACGGAAAGUGCAUUUGUGAUCGCAGUAUUCCUAACUUGCGACAACAAUGUGUAUACCAUUUAUUCGAUCGAGUAGUCCCGCGUUGGAAUUUUGAUCCUACUUAGAACCUCUAAUUGUAGGCCUUAAGUCGGUUUUCAGAUAAUGUACAAUGGCGGACAUGAAUGCCUCACCUGCAGAUACGGCAUCGCCUGUGCAGGAUGGGAGGGCAUUGAUG